AAAUAAACAAAAGAACUUAAAAUACAAUAAACAAAAGAAUCUCGAUCGGUGAGAAAACCAUCCAUCCUUUGGGCCAAUUUAUCAUUCAGACAAGAAUCAAUAAUUGAUUGGCAAACGACAAUGAAAAGUAGUGCUAUAGAAAUGGGGAGGAAGAAGGUGGAAGAUGUCCCGACGGCAUCUUCAGUCGACAAAGAUGAAGUGUCGGAGUCGAGUCCUUCUAAACCGGGAUCUAAGAAGCCGAGCGAUAGUGGUGGUGUGAGGAAGCGGCCAAUUGAAAAGACAUGGAAGGAGCUUUCAGAAACAAUUAACAGAGAACUUACAGAGCGGUCGAUUACCUCGCUUAUGCUCGAGACCGGCCCUGUAAGGAAGAAACCAUCUUCGGUUUCAGAAGAUAUCAAGAGCAUGAACCCUCCUAGGGAUUUAGUCGGGCCUCCAGUACUGAAGCUUCGUUUCAUAAACUCGCCGCCACCGACGAUAUUCACGGAUUCAAGGAUCAUGGGGGAGGACGGUACUCCAUUAAAAAUCGAGCUCGUUGACGCCUCCACGAACACGCGAAUCCACAGUUUCUUUCCGCUCGAUAUCGUACUGCUGAACGCCGAUAUUAGGGAAGAAGGCUGGAGCAAGGAGGAAUUUUACCGGAAUAUACUCCGGCCACGCAAAGGGAAACGAGCGUUGCUCGUCGGAGAUCUGACCGUGACACUUGAACACGGGUUAGGAAUGAUCAGCGGCAACGUUGCUUUCACAGGUAACUCGAGGAGCCGGAAGUUCCGAUUAGGGGCUAAAUUGACUCAAGGAGGAAAUGUUCAAGGGGCCAUAACCAAAACGUUUUCGUGCAUAGAUAAACGAGGAAAAUCUUCUCACAAACAAUAUUCUGCUUCUAAGGUCUCGAAGCUAGCCCGUGGAAGUGUGGUGGAUAUGCAGCAGGACGGGUUACAUAACUCUGUUUACAAUGGCGUGAAUCUGCUGCAAGAAGACGAAUUAAGCAUUAUUGGAUUUAACGAGUUUCAGAGUGGACCAGUUUCUGAUGCAAGUGACACAUCUGCUACCUUUCCUGCAUCUAAAGAUUAUGAUGUUGUAAUCAGACAUGGAGGAAACAAUGAUUUUAUCAGCCAUCUUCGUGCUGCCCUCUCCCGGAGAGGGAUCUCUGUCCAUGAAGACGUUGAAGAAACGACGGAUGCUGCAGUUCCGGAAUGCAGGGUUUUGAUCAUAUUCUUAACGACCACAUACGUCCCUUCCAACCUCUUAAACAUUCUUCAACACCAACGACAAGAGUCUCUGAUGGUUUAUCCUAUUUUUUAUGGAAUAUCGCCCUCUGAUUUGAUCACUAACAGCAACUACUAUGAGAAUUUUUUCCCCCAAGACGAGUCGGAACGGUGUCAAGCUGCUUUGAAGGAAAUAACUCAGAUGCCUCGCUACAUAUUGAUAGACAAGUACGAGUCCGAACUUAUUGAUGAGAUUGUCAGAGAUGCAUUGAAGGUGAUAUAUUCCACUGAACAUGAGAAAAUGAUUGGGAUGGAUAUGCAGAUAAAGGAGAUUGUAUCACUACUAUGCAUUGAAUCCCCAGAUGUUCGCAGCGUAGGUAUAUGGGGUGCCGUUGGUAUAGGAAAGACAGCCCUUGCUGAAGAAAUCUUUUGCAGAAUCUCAGUCCAGUUUGUGACUUGUGUCUUCCUCAAGGACCUUCAUAAAGAAGUACAAGUAAAAGGUCAGGAUGCUCUUAGAGAGGACUUCUUGUCUAAAGUUCUAGAAGUAGAACCACAUGUUAUUCGGGUUUCUGGCAUGGAAACAAGUUUCUUGAGGAGUAGGGUUCAACGUAAAAAGGUCCUCGUAGUUCUCGACGAUGUGAAUGAUUUCAGAGAUGUUGAAAUCUUUCUGGAGGAGCUUAGCUAUUUGGGUCCUGGAAGCAGAAUAAUCAUAACCUCGAGGGACAAACGCGUUUUCGUGCUAUGUAAAACUGAUCAUGUCUACGAGGUCAAGCCAUUAGACUUUUCUAAGUCUCUACAAAUACUAGAUCGUAGAAUAUAUUCACCUGAGCUUGUCAAAUUCUCAAAUGGGAAUCCACAGGUUCUUCAGUUCUUAAGCAGAUCGAACAGAGAAUGGAAACGGUUGUCACAAGAAAUUCAGAGUUCCUCUCCCAUUUACAUUCAAGGUAUAUUCGAAAGAAGCUGUUGUGGGCUUGAUGACAUCGAAAGAAGUAUUUUUUUGGACAUUGCAUGUUUCUUCAAAAGAAUGAAUAAAAACGAUGUUGCACUGUUGCUUGAUGGACGUGAUUUCUCUCCGCAUGUUGGAUUUAGAAGCCUUGUUGACAAAUCACUGUUAACCAUAUCACACAAUAUGGUGGACAUGCCCGUUUUUCUCCAGGCAACGGGUCGAGAAAUUGUUCGCCAAGAAUCAGUUGACAGGCCAGGAGACCGCAGCAGGUUGUGGAAUGCCGAAGAUAUUAGGGACGUGUUCAUAGAUAACACUGGCACAUCAGCUAUUGAAGGCAUUUUUUUGGACAUGUCGCAGCUGAAAUUCGAUGCAAGACCUAUUGUGUUUAUGAAAAUGUGUAACCUUAGACUUUUAAAGCUUUGUUUCUCCAAAGUGAAAGAGAACAAUGGAGUGUGUUUACCUCAAGGUCUUGAAUACUUGCCGAGGAAGCUAAGGCUUCUGCACUGGGAAUAUUAUCCUCUAAGCUCAUUACCGCAAACUUUUGAUCCAAAGAACCUCGUAGAGCUCAACUUGCCAAAUAGUUGCGCGAAGAAACUUUGGAAAGGGAAAAAGAGUCUGGAAAAGCUUAAAAAGUUGAGACUAAGCCACUCCUACCAUUUAACAAAAAUCCCAAGACUUUCAAGUGCGCCGAAUCUUGAACUUCUUGAUUUGGAAGGUUGCAACAGUUUGGUGAGUAUUAGCCAGUCUAUAUGCCAUCUUAAAAAGCUUGUUUUUCUGAAUCUGAAGGAUUGCUCCAAUCUGGAGAGUGUACCAUCUACGGUUGAUUUAGAGUCUCUUGAGGUUUUGAAUCUUUCUGGCUGCUCGAAGCUUGAGAAUUUCCCAGAGAUCUCACCAAAUGUAAAAGAACUGUACUUGGGUGGGACUAUGAUACAAGAAAUGCCAUCAUCUAUCAAGAACCUUGUAUUGCUUGAGAAGCUGGAUCUAGAAAACAGCAAAUACCUUAAGGUUCUUCCAACCAGCAUCUGCAAGUUGAAGCAUCUUGAAACACUGAAUCUGUCAGACUGCUCAAGGCUUGAGCGGUUUCCAGACUUGAAUAGAAAGAUGAAAUGCUUUAAGUGUCUGGAUUUAAGCAGGACGACCAUUAAAGAGCUACCCUCUUCCAUUUCAUAUCUGACUGCUCUUGAAGAACUGAGGCUUGUGGAGUGCAAGAGCCUCGUUAGAUUGCCUGAUAACGCGUGGAGCCUAAGAUUCAAGGUUGAAUUUCGCCAGAUUGACACAGACAAGUUUUCAAAACUGUGGAAUAGAUUUGCGUGGCUCAAGAAAGUUCAGAUCUCUUAGUUUCUACUUCUAUACUGUGGAAAGGACACAACAUGGAUUGUUUUUAUUGUCUCCAAUGUAAAUAUGAUUCUUUUUUUUUAUGAUUCUUAGACGUGAAUAAAGAAUGUUCGGAAA